AUCAUGUUCAGUUUUGGAGGCCCUGUAGGUGAUGCACUUGCAGAGGGGAGAGGAGACACUCGCUGUUGAAGUCAUCUGUGCUGCGGAGGACCACUUGCCUUGUGACAUUUGGCACCACUAAUUGCCUCUCGGAUAAUUAGACUACCUGUGAUGGUGCAAAUUGCAGCAGGGAGAUUCCCUGCUGUGCUGUGAAUUCCUGCUGCCUCCAUCUCUUUUUGUGUCCUGAAUCAACUUUCACCAUGGCACCGGAAAGAGACGCCUGUUGGACGCGAUGACAGCCAACAAGGAGAAAAAAAGGGUGAUCAGCCGCGACGCAGCCAGAAGGAGAAGACGGGUGGAAUCUGAGGUGUUUGCAGAUUUGUCCCGCCUCCUGCCGCUCCAACAGUCUGUCCAAGAUCACCUGGACAAGCCCUCAGUCAUUCGCCUCACCCUCAGCUACAUACGCAUGCACACACUGCUCAAAGGGAAGACUGGGACAAAAGCAGAGGCAAGUCAUGCAGUAAAAUGUGGACAAGUAAUGAAAAGUGGAGAAGAAUGGCGAGAGUGUGACAGAGGACGUGACGAUGAGGGGGGGAAAAGUGAUGUGGAACCCUCGGAGGAGACAAACAUGAUCCUGAGGAUCCUGGAAGGAUUUCUGAUGGUCCUGUCUAUUGAAGGAGACAUGAUCUACCUGUCUGACAACGUUGGCAUAUACAUGGGCUUGACACAGACAGAGUUGAUGGGACACAGAAUUUUUGAGUUUACUCACCCUUGUGAUCACGAAGAAAUCCGAAAUAACCUACGUCUAACAGCAGAAGAAGUUUGGUGCGGUGCAAAGAGGGACUUUGUUAUGAGGAUAAAAAGUGCUCCAACACACAGAGGAAGAAGUUGUAACCUCAAGUCAGCUACGUGGAAGGUUCUCCACUGUCAGGGCCGCGUAAAGGUGUGUGACGCCCCAUCUUCAGUUUCCUGCCUGAUGCUGACCUGCCAGCCUCUGCCCCUCUCGCACACACUUCUCAGCACACACACCUUUACUAGCCAGCACAGCAUGGACAUGAGGUUCACUUACUGUGACCAGAGAAUGACCCUGCUUUUAGGUUACAGUACCGAGGAGCUGCUGGGCCGUUCCAUCUAUGAUCUCUGUCACACACUGGACACAAACUGUUUGACCAAAAACCAUCUCAACUUGUGUUUAAAGAGUCAGUCAGUCAGUGGUCAGUACAGGAUGCUGGUGAGAGGUGGUGGUUAUAUCUGGGUAGAGAGUCACAGUGCCGUCAUCCCCGGCGCCCGACACUCCAAGUCCAAGCCUGGCGCCCACCAGCCGCUCAGCAUCCUCUGUGUUACCUAUGUCCUUAGUGGAGUGGAGGAGCCGUCCCUGCAGCUCUCUUUGGACCAGACUGUCCACCGAUAUUUGAGAUGAAACUUCAGUCUGGAGAACAGUCUGCAAAACCCUCAUCCUCAAAGAAACAACAACAAUCAGUCUGUGAAUUCUUAGUACCGGUAGUUAUUUCCGUUGAUCGAGCAUUAAUUGUAUAAAAUAUUAAACUUUCUAAUUCAAAACAACUUGCUGUGUGGUUUUGUCAACCACUGAUGUGUCUGAUUUAGCUUAUAGUAUUUUAAUAUAUAGCUCCAAAUAUUUGAAUUGUCAGAGCCAUUAAAGACCACCAGACAAUAAAACCAAACCUUGGGAAAAUAUUGUACAUUUUCAGCAGGUUGUUGCAUCAGGUUUAGAUAGAUCAGGCAGACAACUACACUUCAAAGUUUUUGCAUAAUCUUUAUGGUAGCUUGACUUCUGUCUUCAAAUUAAGGAAAUUGAAAGCUUUAGGUGUAGACUGUGGUUGACAGGCAGUUGACGGGGCGUAGUGAGAUGUGAAAACUGUUGAGCAAAGCAGGCACUUUGACUUAUUCAUGACCUCUCUGGGCCUGACCUUACUUCCUGUGGGGUUUCCUUCCGUGCCACCUGACAAAUUCAUGACAUCUGAC